CCUUAAUACUAGUUGCGUUUGUGUUUUCUUUCUCCAUUCUUCCGUUAACGCCCAUCCCCCUUCCGCUGCCCACUUGCCUCAGCUGUCGGCUGUACAUAACCCACGCCUGGAAGAAAUUACCAAUAAAGUCAGGUGACUCCCCCUGGAUGGCAGCUCACUUCCCUGCCCUCCCCAAUUCCAUGUCCCAAGGCUGGGCUUUCGAGCCUAGGCUGCAUCGGAGGGAGCCAACCGGGCUGACCAGCACGCUGACAAACUGGGAUACUCGUACAAAAUCUCACUGCUGGGGUAAAUGACCUAUCAGCCAGGCCGGCACUGAUGGUUGGCAAAGACUUUCUCUACGGCACAUUGAGAAGACAGAAGACCUAUACGUGGUAAAGCAGCAAAGAUCUAGGUUCCCCUGGGGCUGACAAACCCAAGCCCAUCUUCUGGUUGCUUCUCCGCAAUAGACCCCAGUUCACUGCUACUAAAAAAAAAAGACUUCCGUCAAGGAGUGUGUUUCGCCUCAGCCCAAAUACAAGUUGGACCACAGGUCUCCGGACAGCAUGGUGGUGCAGAAUAAGCUGGACACGAGGGACCCCAGGAAAGCAGUCCUUUUGGAGCCAUUCAUCCAUCAGGUUGGGGGCCACAUGAGCAUGAUGAAAUAUGAUGAGCACACCAUCUGCAAGCCCCUCAUCUCCCAGGAGCAGUGGUUCUACGAGUCGCUCCCCACGGCCAUUAAGCAGUUCACGCCUCAGUACAAAGGUAUCAUCUCGGUGUGCCUCAGAAAGGACAGCGUGGGCAACCUAGGCCUGAUAGCCAGCCCCAGCCUGCCGACCGACAACUGCAGUUCCUUGGAUAAGGAGCAUUCGGUGAUGCUAUGUCAGGAGAUCAAGCGGAUGUCCACCACCAGCAGCGAGCGCUUGUUUGUCAAAUGGAGUCAGGCACCUUUCACAAAGACCAUCAAAGACAGCUGCCCCGGGAAGGCACUCCUGAGGACGGAACUUCAGUACCAUACGGACGUCUCUUCGCUCAUGGAGGAUACAAAUGGGAACCAGCCAGAAAGAAAGAGCUAUAACCCCUGGGGACUGCACUGCCACCAGCUGCAUCUGAACCGCAUGUCCUCCAAACUUGAUGAGAACAAACUACAUCAAUUUCUGUUGCUUGAAAAUGUGGUGUCAAAGUAUCAAUAUCCCUGCAUUCUGGACUUGAAGAUGGGAACCAGGCAGCAUGGAGAUGAUGCAUCAGAAGAGAAGAAAGCACGCCACAUAAAGAAGUGUGAACAGAGUACUUCUGGAUCUCUUGGAGUUCGCAUCUGCGGAAUGCAGGUUUACCAAGCAGAUACUGGCCAAUUUCUCUGCAAAGACAAGUAUUAUGGAAGGAAACUAUUGCCCGAUGGCUUCAGACAAGCUCUCUACCAGUUCCUUCACAAUGGUAACCACCUCAGAACAGACCUCUUGGAACCCAUUCUGUUACAGCUAAAGGCUCUGCUUUCAGUCAUCAAAACCCAGAGCUCCUAUCGAUUCUACUCCAGCUCCCUUCUCAUCAUCUAUGAUGGACAGGAAACCAAGGACAACAAAGAAACUUUAGACAACCAUCCUCAGGGGUGUUUUCAGAACGUAAAUUGCACCAUGCCACAUGGGACUGGUCACCCCAAAGUUGACAUCCGCAUGAUAGAUUUUGCUCACACCACUUAUAAAGGUUCAAAGUAUAAUCACACCAUCUACGACGGGCCAGACCACGGCUAUAUUUUUGGUCUAGAAAAUCUUGUCAAAAUUCUUGAGAAUACUAGAGAAGGAGAAUGACAAAUGCUGUGACAUGGCAUGGACUUUGUGGUGAUAGAUAUCCCAGGAAGGGACUGCCUAUGCAUUGGGCCAACUGCAUGGAGCCCCUCAUGGCUUUUGAACAUCCUGUGUACUUUUUGAAAUGAGAGCAUUGGUGGCACAUAGCAUCUUCUGCGCUUUCCUAGGAAGUCAUUACCGAAGCGAACUGUAAAAGCAAAAGAUUGAAAAGAAUCCACCGUGUUUGUGAUCUCACUGAAGAUUUAUUUUCCUUUCUUCUUUUACUGCUGCCCUUGAUUUGUUUACAAGCGAGAGGAAAGCAUUACUUGAAAGAAUCUUAAAAUUAACAUAGGGCCUGCUCACCUCCAUAUGCACCUGCAAAGCCAAGAAGAGUAAGCAAAGACCGUGAGUUGAGAGACUAUUAAGAGGUGUUGGCAGGUCUUAACAAGUUGCCGCAUUACUUUCAACCCAAGCUCAACAAGGACAUUCAAUGACACAAACAGAAGAAAACUGCACUUUCUGAUCGUCACGCUCCAAACACCUGGCACUUUUAAGACUGUGAUAAUGUAUGAAGCCCUCAAGACAGUGUGUGUGUGUGUGUGUGUGUGUGUGUGUGUGUGUGUGUGUGUGUGUGUGUGUGUGUGUAAUAUAUAUAUAUGGUAUAUGUGGUGCUAUAUAAGAGGUGCUAUGUUUAAGAGGUCCUUCUUGUAAGGAAUUUAUAGUCCCAAGGCAUGAGUGAGGAUGCUACAAAGCGCAAACAGACUCAUACAAGUACUUAAUAUCCUCUGGAAGAAUAAGGGGACAGACUAAGGAGUUUCUGAAGGAGAGGAUGGAAGGGAGCCAGAUAUAUCAGAGAGUGCUGAGUCUGUCCGAUACUGAUGUCAGGAGUGCCAAUUAGGUCAGAUACUGGUCAUGAAAGGAUUCUCAUCAGGACCUGGUAGCAUGGAAGAGAAUUUGUGACAUAAGGCUUGCCUGUGCAUGAAAGAUAUUCCAGAAUAAGGUACGGUGUGAAUAAAAAGUGGACUAGCUCUUCCAAAAUAGCUCUGUGUGUGGUGCUUGUAUUCUGGAAUAAGAGUGCCUUUUUCUUGCUCAGCUUAAUCCACUUGCAAACUGCAUUACUCCAGAAUAAGAGUGUCCACACAUGUAGUUAUUCCAAAAUAGUUGUUCCAGAAUAACUUCAUGUUUGGACAGACCCUGAAUCAGGAACUGGACACUUAGGGUCAUCUUUUUGUGUGUGUGUGUACAUGUGCAUGUGUGUGUUUGGAGGACACAAAAUUGGGAAAAUUUAACAAAAUGUUUACAAUAUUAGUGGGCAGAUAAGAAUACGGAACAAACAAUAUAACCAAUUCCUUCCUGUGCAAUGAGGGGAAACCUGUAGAAUGUCCUUAAGUCAGGAACAGAGAUACAGAAUCCAAUUACUGGGGAGCUGAAGUGUAAAUAAAAUUGUCCAGGUCACUGUU